GGGACGAGAAGCAAAGGAACAGACAGAAGGAACAGCGAGAAUGGAGUACACAGGCAGUUCAUAUGAAGGGGACUUCAAGCAUGGCCGGAUGGAAGGCCAUGGCGAAUACAUUUUGCCCAAUGGAACCAAGUACAUUGGCCAGAUGGUAGACGGAGAGUUUCAUGGUGAGGGGACGCUGGUGUUCCCCAACGGUGCACAAUACAAGGCAACCUGGGAGCAUGGCAGGGCCACCGGCAAGACCGCAGCACGCGGCGACUAUUACUUCUCGGACGGCCUCAAGUUUGAGGAGCAGGACUGGGAAUACUGCACGGACGAUGACAGGCGCUUCUACAGGGAGCUUCUUGAUGGACUCAGGCCAGCAGGUAUGGGCCGCUCCCUGCUGGUUGGCGGGCAAAACCCGCGCAGCACGCUCGACAGCAUGUGGCUCUUUGACUUCCACGCCCUGUCCUGGGAAAAGGUGACGUCGUUCAAUCCCGGUCCGCUCCCGCGCGCAUGCCAUGCGGCCGCCGCUGUUGCUGGCGACGUGAUCCUGACAGGGGGUGUGUCCGUGACACCGCCCCAAUACGACCCGGUCCUCCACACCCGCUGCAUGGACAUCUGGCGCUAUUCUCCGCGCGCAAACGCGUGGCUCAACAUCACCGUCGGCGCGCCCUGCCCGUCCCCACGUUACCAGCACGCUGUUGCGUACGACGCAGCUCGCCAGCGCCUGUAUGUGCACGGCGGUCUCACCUUGCACCAGGUUCGCGUGCCAUCUCCGCCACCUUCGCCGUCGCCGUCGUCGUCGCAGGAAGGGGAUGGGCCCACGCCGAUGCCCGCCCGCUUCAAGUACGAGCCCAAGUCGUCAACAGAGCUGUGGGAGCUUGAUCUCUCCGUGGACCCGCCAAAGUGGGCGCAGGUGUUGCCUGCAAGCACGGCGCAGCCGUCUGCGCGCUUUGACCACGCGGCGGCAAUUCUCAACAGCCGCCUGUUCAUCUUCUACGGCAAGAAGGACUCGCGCGUGUACCCGGCAGAUCUGGUGUGGUCCUUUGAUCGCAGCACGCGCCACUGGCACCAGGUGUACAUUGGCCAGUCGCACGUGCCGCAGCCGCGCAGUGGCAUGACCGUCGUCACCAUGGGCGGCGAUGCUGAUGUUGCGGGCACAAGUAAUGGGGUUGGUGGUGAUGCAGGCGAUCACACCUCCACCCUGAACGAUACAGCCGCAGAUUCACACACGCACGCCUCCAAUGACACGCGAGACAACGCCACGUCACCUCCGCCCACAUCAAGCGCAGCGGCGUAUGCGUCGCCAUCGCUGGCUGCCUCGAGCGAAUUCUCCAUCUUCUUUGGCGGCGAAACGGAACUGACUGCCGCCCUCGGCAGCGCGUACAAGGACAGCUGGAUCUUCACUGUCAACGCAAACAGCGGCUACGCUGAAGCUGCUGGUGCUGGUGCUGGUGCUGGUGCUGGUGCUGGUGGCGAUGUGGCAGGGGGAGGCAGUGUUGCCGGGACGUGGACGCAGACGACGAGCGAGCCGUAUCCUUCGGAUCGCUUCAACCACGCCGGCACUACCAUGGUUUCCCGCGCUGCCCUCAACUUCAUCCGCACAAGCGGUCUGCCAGGUGCACAGGCAGACGGCGCAGACCCACGCUCACCCCAACAACAACAACAACAACAGCAGCAGCAGCAGCAGCAGCAACGACGCAGUGACCGCAGCCGCACCAUGUGUACCACCACCACCAACACUGGCAGCAGGAUGGCAGCGGCGGAAAGCAUGUCUCACGGCAUUGGAAGCGACGGCCUUCGCCUCUCCAUUGUUUUUGGCGGCUUCAACCAAGUCAACGGGUUUCUCAACGACCUCUGGGCGCUGGCCUUUGACACGCGCGCGGAGUCCAGCGGCAACAAGCUCGUGUGGACGCACAUUGUUCCCAAAGACCAGACCGCACCCACGCCGCGCGCAGGGCACACCAUUGUCACGCUGUCGCCCCCAGAUGUCGACCAGCAGGUGCUGCUGGUGCACGGCGGGCGAGACUCUGUGUCGCAGUUCUCGCCACUGGAGAGCACACACGCAUUUGACACGCUGUCAGAGACGUGGAUGCCCGUGAACAACACUGGCGAUGUUGUGCGGCGCACGUACCACUCCGCGGUGGCUCUGGGCAUCAAUGCCAUGGUCGUGUUUGGUGGCCAAGGCUUCCGUGACACCGCCACGCCUACAGCACCGUCUCUGCUCUGUUCUCUUCCCACCAAACCCGCACAACACCAAGGCCACAAACAUGGACACCAGCACCACCCACACCACGCGCGGGACCAACAACAACAUCAACAACAACAACAACAACAACAACAACAAGGAGACAUCACAUGGAAGACCCGGUUUCCUGUUGGUGCAGGAAACAGUGAUGGUGGUGAUGGUGGUGAUGGUGGUGAUGGUGGUGAUGGUGGAGUGCAGCAGUGUGAGGAGCAUGAGGUGUUGCGAUGUACGACUGCACAUGGUGAGCCAAGCCCGCUGCCCACGCAAUCGUGCAUGUGUGAAACAGUAGCCAACAGCCACGUGUACGCUGGCUCCUCCUCCUCCUCCUCGCCCUCGCCCUCCUCCUCCUCCUCGUCGUCGUCGUCGUCGCCACCAUUGUUGCCAUUGUCGCAAAAGCACGCUCGUCUUCGUCGCGGGAAGCAAAGCGAGCAGAAUACGAGUGACACGAACAACACCAGUGCUGAUGGCGAUGUGUACAAUCACGACGACGACGAUGAUGAUGCUGACAGCACGGAUGGAGAUUUUGCAAACAGCACCAACUACGGGCUGCUGGGCGAUGUGCGCGUGUGUGUUCUGCAGGGCGGCGUGUGCGAGUGGUCGCUGCUGCAGUACACGGGUCCACGCGACAUUGUCGUCGAUCACGUCGUGAAGACGGUGAUGUUGGCUGAUGGCAGCUACGCACCGCGCCCACGCAGCCACCACUCCGGCCACAUGAUCGAUGCUGCCUGGCACGACAACCCAACCAUGCUCGUCUUUGGCGGUGUCGUUGGACCAGAAACCAUUCCUAGCACCGCCGCAGCGUCACUUGAGCUCGCUGCCGACGUGUGGUUCCUGCACAUUGACCCCUGCGGCACGUCGACCUGGGAGUACUUUGAUGUGUCGCAUUCGCCCUACCCUGCACCGCGCUGGUCACACGCGAGCGCGGUUGUGCAUGACUCGAAACUCAUCGUCAGUGGCGGCUACAGCAACGACCGCGUCCUUGAUGACUGCUGGAUGCUCGACCUGACAGCCAAGUCGCCACAGUGGACGCCGCUCGACCUCCACGGCUCAGAUGCACUCGUUGUCCGCGCCGGCCACGCGCUGCUGGCAAUGGACGUGUUUGUGCAAAGCGAGGGCACAGCCAACAUCACGACGGGCGUCGUUGCGCUUGGAGGCACCUCGCUUGACAUUCAAACCAUCGAUGCACAGAGCGUUACUGUCCUCCUUCCAGCCUGCAACCCAGGAUACGCUUCGAUCAACUUCAAGACGAGCCCGUGCACGCCCUGUGACAAAGGCUACUACUCUCCGCUCAACUCAAACCAGUGCCUCGUGUGUCCUCACGGAACAACGACGAAUGCAACCGCUUCCACCAGCGCCAAGAACUGCUCCCUCUGUGUCUCUGGGUUCUGCAAUGCGGGCUCGUGCCGUGUGCACAUGAACGGAGAAAUCCUUACACCCGUCUGCUCCUGCGGCACCUGGCUCUCGGAGACAUCAGGGUGCACGCAGCUGCGCUGGUAUUGGCUGCUACUGAUUGGCCUCAUCUUCCUCGUCAUUCUGUGGCGCGUGAUCGUUGUCUGCCUCCGCAAGCGAUACGUCGAGCCGCUCUCUGAGGUCUCGGACAGUCUGCAGACCGCCAUGAACCAGGUGCUGAACCUUGCGCGAGCGUGGCAGAUACAGCCGGAGGAGAUUGAGUUGAUCGAACCGAUUGACGCCGAUGCUCCGGGCGCCUUUGGCGAGGUGCAUCGCGCGCACUAUCACGACCGCGAGGUGGCGGUGAAGAAACUCAAGCGGGCUGUGCUCAAGCUGAGUCCGGACAACCUGGACAGUUUCCAGAAGGAAGUGCGCGUGAUGCGAAAAUUGCGUCAUGCAAACAUUGUUCUGUUUUACGGCGCCGGCUACGAUGACAGCGGCUGCCCGUUCCUGGUGACCGAGUACAUGGCCCACGGCAGCCUCACCACCGUCCUGCAGAAUUCUUCAUUUGCGCUUGAUUGGGAGAUGAAGCUGCGGUUUGCGGAACACGCUGCCAAAGGCAUGGAGUAUCUCCACUCGCAGCGCCCGCCCUGCAUCCACCGCGACCUCAAGACGGCCAAUCUUCUCGUCACCGACAAAUACAUUGUCAAAGUGUCAGACUUUGGCACGUCGACGCUGCUUGACAUUGGCACGACGGGGCGAUUUGAAUCUGGCGGCACAAGUGGCACCAGCGGCACACGCGGAAAGCGCGGAAAGCGAAUGCGAUCAAGUCAUUCUUUAUCAAAGACGUUUGACGAAGAGGCAUCACAGCUCAUGAUUGCGUUUGAUCCUGCUGCGGACAACCUGAGUCGUGAAGACAACGCCACAGACGCACACACGCAGCUGCCACAGCUGGUGGGCACUCCCGUGUAUUUCUCGCCCGAGGUCUGGCGAAGAGGCAGUUUCUCCACCAAAUCAGAUGUGUUUGCUUUCGGCAUCGUCCUCUGGGAAAUCAUGACCAGGGAGACGAAUCCCUAUCCACAUGUGCACGGCCCAAAGUCGCUGCUGAAGAAGGCUGUCAUCGAGCGAGGCGCCCGACCACUCAUUCCGCCCACAAUGCCGACGGUUGUAAAGUGUCUGAUGGAGGUGUGCUGGGCGACGCACGCCCGCUCCCGACCCGCGUUCAAGGAAAUUGUGCGCAUCCUUCAGGAACUCAUCAACAUGGUGGAGGUUUUGGAGAGCACAACGACGACGCCGGCCCGCAGUCGUGUCGGCACAUGGCGCAGCGUCCCGUCCUCUGCUCGCGGCGGCAGCUUCAUCUUCCGUUCGCGCGCCACCGCCACUGAGCCGUCGAGCGGGCACUCCAGUGGGCGCCACUCCGCCAACAUGCUGCGCGGCGGCGACAAGCAGGCACGCUCGCAGUCCACAUCGGGGAUGAGUCUCUCUGCACGGCUGUCGGCGGCGUUGACACGUGUGCGGCGGGCGGGCACGGACGCAUCGCGGGCGGCGCUUGGGCGACGGGGGCGCGUUGCGAGUGUUGUUGAGGAGGACAUGGAUGACACAUCGACGCCGACAACAAGCACUGCAAGCAGCGGUGGUGAUGGCAACAGCGGAGGGCCGUGGACACUGGUGAUGAGGGGCGGAAGCAUCAACAUGAACCGCACGGAUGCUGGGCGAUCACCGCUCCGAGCGAGCAGCGACGUGGCAAUCAUGCCAGAGGUGCAAGAACACGACGACGACGACGACGACGACGACGACCACUGCGAUCAUGAUGAUGUUGUUGUUGAUGAUGACGAUGACUAUGACGGAGAAAUGUUGGAUGAGCACCGACCGCUGAUUGCACAUCGGUCGCCAUAG